AUGAGUCAGUACAGUGAAAUGCCUGUACCUACACCUAAUGAUCAAAUCAAAUUAACAAAACUUCAUACUAAUCCUAAAAAGGGUUACAAAUUAGGUAGUGCUUCCGCCACUUGGAAAAAGAUAAAGUCUGCUACUUCUAGUACAUCUGAAACUCAAACUCCUUCAUCUACGACUUCAUCUACAAGUACAAAUACAAUCAAUUCUAAGGAGGAUGAAUUAGAUAGUAGUGAUUAUGAUGAAUCAUCAUCAUCAUCUUUUUCUUCUUCAUUAUCAACUCCACUCCUCGAAUACGGGUCUCACGGUCAAUUAUUCUUGACUUAUCCUGAUGUCAAAUUGAUAGAAAUAUGGGAUUGGAAACCUCGUGAUCAUAACACAACAUCCUCAUCAUAUUCAUCUACUUCAUCCUCAACAAAUUCAUCAUCCAUACCUAAACUCGAUAGUGAUACCCUUUUCCUUCACCAUCAAUUUAAAGUGGGUGCGAAUACCUCUGCUAAAAAAGACGCGAUUAAAUUAGUAAAAGUUAUUCAUGAAUCUACGUCAUCAACUACUAAUACUAAUUAUGAUAUUAUUAUUAUAUUAAAAAACUCGGUAGAUAAUAAAUAUUAUCUUGAAUUACAUAAAUUUAAUCCAUCAUAUACAAAUGAAUCAAGUUCUAAGAGUCAAUCUUUCGAAUUACCUUCAAUUUUAUCUCAUCCAGUAUCAAUUAAAACAUCAAAUAAAUUUAUUAUUAUAGGGGAUCAACUGGGAUUACUUUUAGUUUAUCGAUAUGAUAUUAAUAAUAAUAAAAUAUUACCAGGAAAUGUAGAUUCAAAUUUAUUUACAAUUCGAAAAUCAUCAAGUUUACCAAUUCUUAGUAAAUUAAAUAUUAUUAAUAAGUUCCCUGAUGAUGAAAUUCUUCUUCAAACAAGUUGUAAUUUGGAUAAAACACCUAUUUUUGAUAUAAUUGAUAAUUGGUUAGUAUAUGCUCCAUCAAGUUUUGAAUAUAAACAUCUUUUGGCAGUAAAUGCAGCUACAUUACCUUCUCAAAAAGAUAAUAAUUUAAGACUGGAAAAUGAAAGAUUUACUGAUGGAAAUGGUAAUGAUUUAACCAAUAGAAAUUUAGAUCCGAUAAUUACAAAUUAUAAUUAUGAUAGAAGUGAUCAUAAUACAUCAACUUCACCAGGAUCAUAUUCUACAUUAUUUACUCCAGUUAAAUUACCUGCUUCGGGUCCUUUAUUAAAUAAAGUUUUAUCUAGUUUAUCUAAAACUGCAUUAGAUGGAUUAUAUAGAUUUUCAGAAAUGUCAUCUUUAAAAGUUAAAUCAUUAAUGAAUCCACCUUCAUCAUCUACUGGUACUACUUCACCUAUUUCUAAUUCAGUUAAUUCAUCAACUAUUGAUUCCAUUAGUUCAUCAAUUGGGAAAUUAUUAUAUUCAACUGCAUCUACUACAGCAGCUACCUUACAAAAAACCAUUAUUAAAACAACAAGCGGAACUAUAGUUAAUGAUAAUCAACUUAUUAAAAUUGUUGAUCUUGCUAAUGAUCGAGUAUUGGGAAUUAUUAAACCUCCAGGUGGUGUAUCAAAUGUUUCAUUAUCUCCUUAUGAUUUACAAUUAGUUCUGGUUAAUUAUCGUGGAGAUUCCUUAUAUAUGUGGGAUCUUUAUCGAUUACCACUUGAAAUGUCUCUUAUAGGAAAAUUUGAACGAGGUAAAACUUCAGCAAUAAUUGAAGAAAUAUUCUGGUUUAUGCAUCAUGUUAAACCUCCUGGAAAUGGAAUUAAUAAAGAUGAAGCUAUUUAUGGAAAUAAUUUAGGAUUUGGAUGUAUAAGUAAGAAUUCAGGAUCAGUUCAUUGGUUUAAUAUUAAUUAUUUGAGUGGAACAUUAAAUAAUAAUCAUAAUUAUCCAAAUCGAUUGGAAAUGAAAAAAGUUCGUCGACUUCGAAAGAAGAAGAUGAAAACAAGAAUUGUUAAUAAGAUGUUGGGUGGAUCACUUAAAGUGUCGGAUGGUGAUGUGACAAAUAGUGAAUCUACCAAUCAUACCUUUGAUAACACAUCUGGUACUACUAAUACUACUACAACUACAACUACAACUACAACAGCAACAAAUAAUAAUAGUAAUAAUAUCAGUAACAAUAAUAUUAGUACUAAUAAUCCUUCUACUAAUAAUAACAGUAAAAGUAGUAGUUCUAAUAAGGGGCAAUUUUUAGACUCUUGGAUCUUAUCCUCAUUCAAAGCUAAAAAGUUUAUUGGAUUACCAAAUGUUGCUAAUGAUGAGUCUGGCUACUUUAUCAAUCAGUUGGCAGUCAUAACAAAAGAUAAUUGUCUAAAAUUAAUUUCUCCAUUGAAUGGAAGUCAUUUAUUUAAGUAUGAAUUACCAUUAACAUAUGUAAAUGAAAAUGCAGUACCUCGAAGUUAUUCGAAUCCUGUAUCUUCUGUUAUAAAUUCUGGUACUACAUCAGGUACAAUAAAUCCAUUAUCACAAGCCGAAAUUGAGACAUGUGCUCCAUUCUUAAAUCUAGUUAAUAACUCUAAUGUGGAAUUUGCUAUCUAUGACUUUGAAUCUGAUCAACAUGAUGGAGAUGGAUUUUAUAAUCAUUUCCAAGAAUUUGGUAAUGAUAUACCUGUUAAAAUUAUAUCAUUCAAUAAUAGUAAUAAUAAUAAUAAUAAUAGUAGUAAAUAUACUACUUCUAGGACUGCAUCUGGCAGUGCGUCAAGCGGUACAAAUACUUUACCUAUAAAUGAUAAGAUUGAUGAAAGUAAUAAUUCCUUAUCUUUGUUGAAUGGAUUAUAUAUUGAUCCAGCAACUAUUGAUUCUUAG